AUGGAUCCAACAACAUCCACCGCUGGUGGCCAUGCUAGCCGAUUUUCACUAUCGCCUGCCGAUCUUUCGGGUGUUUUAGACCCAAAGUCCAUCAGGGCUUUACUCAAAUUGGGCGGUAUCGAAGGUCUGGUGGCUAAACUCGCUACAGACAGAAGCAAGGGUUUGAGCGCGUCAGAGGACUUGAGUCUGCGCAAAUCGCAAUAUGGUGAGAAUUUCUUACCACCAAAAGUGUCUAGAUCGUUUCUGGGGCUUUGCUAUGAUGCCAUGAAGGACAAGAUCUUGAUUAUGCUUUCGGUUGCGGCUGUGGUGUCACUGGCUCUUGGAUUAUACGAGACUUUUGGCCAGCCCGCAGAAAUCGACUCAGAGGGAAAGAAAGAGCCAAAAGUCGAGUGGGUCGAAGGUGUUGCCAUUAUCGUUGCAAUUGUGAUUGUAGUGGUGGUUGGUGCCGUCAAUGACUACAAUAAAGAACGUCAGUUUGCCAAACUGAACUCGAAGAAGGAGGACAGAACUGUGGUUGUAAUCCGCGACUCCAGCAAAGUCGUUAUUAGCAUCAAAGACGUUGUUGUUGGAGAUCUUCUUGUUUUGGAAGUUGGUGAUGUCAUUCCGGCUGACGGUAUUCUGGUAGAUGGUACUUGCGAGUGUGAUGAGUCUUCUCUUACAGGUGAAACCAACACGAUUAUCAAAGUCCCUGCUGAUGUUGCUGAAAAUUGGAUUCACAACCAAACAGACGAUAGCCUUGAUCUCGGAAUCAAGGGUUGUCCUGAUCCAAUGGUGAUCUCUGGAUCCAAGUUGUUAUCUGGCCAAGCCACUGCUCUUGUUGUCAGUGUUGGUGAACACUCCCUUCACGGGAAGAUAAUGAGCUCGCUUCAAAUCGAAACUGAAGAAACGCCUUUACAGGUGAGAUUGAAUGGGCUUGCUGAUGGCAUUGCUAAGUUCGGUCUGAUUGCUGCAUUGAUCCUGUUCAUUGUGCUCUUCAUCAAGUUUUGUGUCAGUUUGAACGGCGAGUACAAGAACUUCACUGGUCCUGAGAAGGGCACCAAGUUCUUGAAUAUUCUGAUCACAGCUAUCACGAUUGUUGUUGUUGCAGUUCCAGAAGGUCUUCCUUUGGCAGUGACAUUAGCACUUGCUUUUGCUACCACCCGAAUGGCCAAAGAUGGUAAUCUUGUCCGUGUUUUGAAAAGUUGUGAGGUAAUGGGCGGUGCCACAGCUGUUUGCUCUGAUAAGACGGGAACUCUGACUGAGAACAAAAUGAAGGUUGUAAAGGGACUCGUUGGCACUGCCAGCUUCGAUGAUACUCACAACAAUAGCUCCAUCGCUAACUCCCCAGCAGUCAUUCAAGAGACGAGCAAUGAUCUGAUUAACUCCUUAAAGGAUAAUAUACUUCUGAACUCAACGGCAUUUGAGACUGUUGAAGAAGUCGAGGACGAGGUCGCUGCUCCCACUGGGUUGUUUUCCAAAUUCAAAAAGCCCACUGAGGAGAGAAAAACUGAAAAAACUCCUUACGUGGGGUCCAAAACCGAGUCUGCUUUGUUGAUUUUUUCCCAGAACUUUCAUGAUUAUUCUAAGCAGAGUCUGAGUGAGUUUAGAAGGGUUAACUCGGACAGGAUAGUCCAGGUCAUCCCAUUCGAAAGUUCUAGAAAAUGGGGAGGAAUAGUGGUAAAGACUUCCUGGGGUUUCAGACUCUACAUUAAAGGAGCCGCAGAACUGGUUUUUGACCGUUGUAAGUCAAGAAUUGCGGAAGGCGGAGAGGUGAAGGCGAUAACGAGCGACUCUAAAGCUAAGAUUGACUCCACGAUCAACUCGUAUGCGGAGGGAGCUCUGAGAACGUUAACGCUGGCCCAUAGAGAUUUCAAAGGUGUAUCUGAUUGGCCACCCAGAGAACUUAGACAAAGUGGUCUGAAUAUUGAGGCUAAGCCGAUUGCAGAUCCUGAACUUUUAUUUGGUGAAGUCACGGAGAGGGAAACCUUAGAUACUAACGAAUCACGGGAGCAGGGUGUCCCAAUGAUCUUUGUUGGAAACGAAGUAGACUCUGCCACCGAGUCAAAUGAUGGCCUGAUUUUGGAUGCCAUUGUUGGUAUUCAGGACCCUUUGAGACCGGGAGUCAAAAGUGCCAUUUCCAAGUGUGCUCAAGCUGGGGUGAGAGUGCGUAUGGUCACUGGUGACAGUGUGGUUACUGCUCGUGCCAUUUCUAUGGAGUGUGGUAUACUCGACGAAGAAAAUGUUUCUGUUCCAGAAUCAUGCAUGGAAGGUCCAAAAUUUAGGGCUCUUUCAGAACGGGACCGUAUUGAAAUUGUUCCUAGGCUUUGUGUUUUAGCCAGAUCAAGUCCCGAGGAUAAGAGAGUUUUGGUGGACACUUUGAGAAAGUUGGGCGAAGUGGUUGCCGUUACCGGAGAUGGAACAAACGAUGCACCUGCUCUGAAGCUUGCUGAUGUCGGGUUUUCCAUGGGGAUUGCAGGGACCGAAGUGGCCAGAGAAGCUUCUGAUAUUAUUCUGAUGACUGAUGAUUUCAGUGCCAUUGUCGAUGCCAUCAAAUGGGGCAGAACUGUUAGCUGCUCCAUAAGAAAGUUUGUCCAAUUUCAGUUGACUGUUAACGUCACAGCCGUGGUUUUGACUUUUGUUUCUGCUGUCGCAGACUCCGAAGGUCGUUCAGUGCUGACCGCUGUACAGCUUUUAUGGGUCAACUUGAUCAUGGAUACCCUUGCAGCAUUAGCUCUCGCAACCGACAAGCCAGACGACUCGCUGUUGAAUAGAAAACCCGCUGGAAGAACUGCUCCAUUGAUCAGUGUCUCGAUGUGGAAGAUGAUUUUUGGACAAAGUUUCGUUCAACUUAUCAUCACCUUCGUUCUGCAUUUUGCCGGAGGCAGUAUCUUUUUUGGCUCAGAUGUGUCUGAUCAUCAAAAGGAGCAAAUUUCAGCGCUGACCUUCAACGCAUUUGUUUGGUUGCAGUUCUUUAACCUGUUCUUGACAAGAAAGCUAGACGAAGGCGACGGACUGACGAAGAUCAAGGAACGCAUCACCAUGGACAAUUUGAAUUUUACUUCUCAUCUGUUCCGUAAUUGGUACUUCAUCAGUAUCGCUGUUAUCAUUGGUGGUUUCCAAAUCCUUAUCAUGUUCGUGGGAGGUGCUGCAUUCAGUAUCGCACAUCAAACAGGUGGCAUGUGGGGUACUGCAAUCAUCUGCGGUAUUCUGUCGUUGCCAUGGGGCGUUGUGAUCCGUAUUAUUCCUGAUGUGUGGGCUUCCAAAGUUUUCCCUACGAGAGCGUAUUUGCUCGUCUCAAAGCUGUGGACCAGACGGAAGAAGGUUAAAGAUGUUGAGAAGCAGGACUCAGAGGCAGGAAAUGCAUCAGAUCCUGUGUAUAAGGCAAAGGAGUAUUUGACCGUCAAUCCACCUGCAAAGGGUGGCUCUUUGAGAGACUGGUGGAGUAACAGGUCGAGGACUUCAAGCGAGUCCACCCUAUAUGGAGGACAGAGUUCCUCAGUUUCCUUCCAGACAGAUGACGCAUCAUCUGCUGUCCCGUCAACUGUGGUCGCAUCCAUCAUACCGUCUGUGGUCGGAGGGUCAGUAGCUGGAUGGCACACGUCGGAACAAAAAACUUGA